CAGAGUGGAGGUAUCUCCGUAGGGGCCAGUAAGACAGGAUAUGCAGGAAGCUUAUGCUACAGAACAGUGCGUGACCGGACCGUGCUGGGCAAAAGUCAAAAGACGCUCAGGUCAUCAGGGAGUUACAGAAGCCUUUGAGUAGCACUGGGCAGUGAGCUGGAGUCAAGUUGCAACAGUGUGGGUCCAGGGUAGCAUGCAUGUGUGUUAUAAGCUGUGGAACACUGAGACAUAGAGAUGACUGGAGCCCUGCUGACUGGGGUUCUACUCUGUGGCAUAGUGGUGCUGGGUGAAUGUGAGCCGACACAGCCAGGUCUAGACAGAGGAGGGAAGGGUUCAGACGGGCUGGUCCUGACAGAGGUCAGCGAUCACGCGCUGAUCCAUCGAACGUCAGACUGGGUCUUCCAGCUGAUCAACGUGUCCCUGGACCACUCGCAGGCAGGGAGCUUCUGCGCGGGCCAGUUCAGCUCCCUCACCACCCUUGGUCAGCCUGAAGAUGAGCAGGGAGCCCUGGAACUCCAGAGAAAGGCGGGCCAGCAAGGACCCAUGUGGGUCAGGGACCCCAGCAGACCACCCAGCAGGCCUCUGGCCCCUGCUAAGCAGUACAUGCACUUCCAAGCUCUGAACUUUCCCAAUGACUCCCAGGAGGGCUACGGCCGUGUCAACGUGACCUUCCCGGCUCUGCCGGCAGUGAGCAUGUGUGUUCGUGUGCAGUGGGACACCCGGUGGGACCGGGUGUCCACCCUCUACUCCUACGCAGCGGCCGUCUUCAACAAUGAGUUCCAGCUGCGCGGGCAGGUGGACGGGACGGGGCGCGUCCUUCUGGCGCUCAUCGUCCACGGACAGCACCGUCCAUACAAGGCCUCUUUCCCCAACGACGGCGCCUGGCACCACGUCUGCGUCAGCUGGCGCAACACCGAUAGCCACUGGGCCAUCUACGUGGACGGGGAGAGGGGGGACACGGGCUCCGGGGCAGACACCCCGAGGAAUAUACAUGGGGAGGGCAUACUGAUCCUGGGGCAGGACCAGGAUUCAUUCGGAGGGAACUUCACGGAGCCCUUCGCGGGGAAUAUCACAGACCUGAAUAUAUGGGACAGAGCCUUGGAGCAGAGGCAGUUCCGUGCCCUGUACAGCUGCUCACCUUUGACCCAAGAGCCAAUCUUUAACUGGAAUAUUGAGUCUAUUACCCAUCACCCAGUUGUCAAGGAGGUCUCAGCAAUGCUGUACUGUCCAGCGGUCAACAGGCAGAGGGAGAUGCAGGGCUGCAGGACUCUGGAGGGCUGGAGUAGCCAACAGCUGCCUCGGUACGGCUCUGCAGAAUGCUCCGCCACCCUGCCCUUCAUCUGCAGGACCAGCAGGGAGCGCUACAUGAAAAUGAAAGAGCUUAGUGAUUCUCAGAGGUCUCAGCCCAGUCCCUUCAUGUACCACCUCAUGCAGCUCUCCAAUGGAUCACAGGGUGCCGAAGGACUGAUGAGGGAGCAACCAGGGGACCAGAUGAGCUGGGGGCAGGUCUCCAGUCUGCUCAACAUGACCCAGCAGACCCUGAAGGACACCAGGGACGAGCUGCAGCCUGGAGACAUGCUCUCCCUGGUCCAGCUGUUAGCGCGGGCUGCAGAUGUGCCCACAGACAAGGCCACGGAGGGCGACCACAGCCGGGCCAGUGCCAGGGAGCUCAGCCGCUCCUUCAUCACUGUGGCCGACAGCAUCAUCAGCCAGGACAAUGCCCCCAAGUGGCAGGCAAUCAAGCAGGUGGUGAGCGGACCAAUGGCCGUGGUCAAGAGCAUUGACCGCAUGGUGACCAGUCUGAGCAGCCGGCUGAUGGCGGAAACUGACCGCCUGCUCCUCCACAGACCCAACAUCCAGCUGGAGGUUCAGCAGCAGAGACUGGGAGAGAGCUCCGAUGGGUUAAGGUUCUGCGGUGUCGACGUGGCCGGUGACACCAACACUGACUGCAUCUCAGUCCCCACUCAGAACUUGCAGAAUCUCCAUGACAACGGCUUCCAGACGGUGACUGUGGUCAACACAUGGUACGGUUCCCUGCAACCUCUGAAUCCAGAGGAGAACAUCACCAUGUUUCCUGUCGUCACCGACGGCAGCCAGAGGUACCUGGGCACCAUUCUGGGUUCUUCAGUCAUCUCUACUACUGUCCUGGGGGAUGGGCAACCUGUCAGUAUGGCAGUACGCUUCCAGCUCAAACACAGAACCCAGAGCCCUACUCUGACAGCGUAUGAUCCAAUCUGUGCAUUCUGGGACUUCGAUCUCAUGCCAGAGCGAGGUGGGUGGUGGUCUACUAAGGGCUGUGAGGUUCUCUCUAAACAGUACGCCUCCACCAUCUGCUUCUGCAACCACACUACCAACUUUGCCCUGCUGCUGCAAGUCUACGAAGUCCAGAGGAGUCCAGAGAAUGAAAAGGCCCUUCAGGUGAUGACGUUCAUUGGCUGUGGAGUUUCCCUGUGUGGGCUACUCUUCACAUUCAUCCUCUUCAUUGCUGUUGGAGUCCCGAAGUCCGACCGAACCACAGUCCAUAAGAACCUAAUCGUGGCUUUGGGGAUAGCCGAGCUUCUGUUGAUGUGCAGUGACUGGGCCUCUGCUAACGAGGGGGCGUGCCUGCUGGUUACAACACUGCUGCACCUCUUCUUCAUGGCCUCCUUCUCCUGGAUGCUGGUGGAGGGGCUGCUACUGUGGAGUAAGGUGGUGUCUGUCAACGUCAGCGAGGACCGCAGGAUGAAGACCUACUACGCCAUUGGCUGGGGUCUGCCUGUUGUGAUUGUUGGGGUAACCCUGACAGUAUCCCUGGAACAUUACAAAGCAGAUAAUCACUGCUGGCUCAAUGUGGAGACUGAUAUGAUCUGGGCCUUUGUGGGACCUGUUCUCUUUAUCUUGGCCGUUAAUGCAGUGGUGCUUUGCCGUGUUGUCAUGGUGACAGUGUCCAGUGCUCGUCGUCGAGCAAAGAUGCUUACACCCAGUUCAGCAUCUAAACUCCACACCUUUGACCUGACCUGGGCUGUGACACGACCCGUUCUGAUUCUGCUUCCUGUUCUGGGCCUUACCUGGCUGUGUGGGGUCCUGGUCCACUUGUCCAUGGUGGUGGCCUAUGUCUUCAUCGCCCUCAAUGCGUUCCAGGGCCUGUACAUAUUCCUUGUUUAUGCCGUUUACAAUAGCGAGGUGAGGAACGCCAUAAAGAGGAUUCAAGAGAAGAGAAAAGCCUUGUCUUUCACGAACUGUUCCCAGCCUAUCAGCUUCCUACCAUCCCAAAGGGGUCCAGCCCAGUCUUGGACCCAGAGUCUGCCGCCUCCCUCCAGCCCAGAGACCAGUGAGAUCUCUGGCCCAGGAAGUACUAGCACCUCACUGGUCAUCAAGAAUGAGAGUUUUGGAAAAGAAAGUACUUUUGUAAGCUUUUCCUUGAAACCAGCAUCUGGAAACCAGGUGGUUCAACUGACUGCUUUCAAGCCCUCAGGCUGCUAAUGGAAUAGACGAAAUAGGCCACGGAGGCAUUUUUAUCAUGAAGCAUGGUGGGACAAAAGCAGAAUUAUACAGUGAAUAUCCAAACACACAACGAAAGACUCAAUACACAGUCUAGAUAGUAGACACACACACAGAGAAUGAAAGACUCAAAGAUUUACACACAUACAGUGUGUGAAGCAGGAAACAUCUUGAAGGAGGACGUCUCCUCCUCCACAGUGUCCCAUUCCCAGGGUCAGGAAUCAUCUGCUGUUUAGGAAGUGACUGUUCCAGAGAGACACAGACUUAAGCCUCACUCUUACUUUAAGGGUGUCUGAGGACACCUUUCCUUAUAUAUCUUUCUACACGUACUUGCUGUUUUUACAGACGUAACUAGUCAGUCCGCAUUACUGUAGGCACUGGACAUUGAUUAAAGCUUUUUGCCAGUGUAAGAUAUCAUAAGACCAGACAAUGAGAUUUUGUUCUCAGUAUACCAGCGUGGAUAGUAGUUUGACAGAUCUUGUCAGAGAUCAACAGUCUUAGAAGAGGUGCUGCUAACUGACAGAGCCUUAACAGAGCUCAGAAUGACACCACGUAAAGUCUAUUACCUGGUGUCCAUCUAUCAACAAUGAACCACUACAUAUUUGAGACUGCCUUUUUGUCCUACCCAAUCCGCUGGUCUUCCCAACUUUACAAGAAGCAGCAGCAGUCCUGGUCUCUACCUAUAUUCACUAAAGGUGCCAGUAAAAUUAAAACACAACGUUCCCUGCAUUUCGAUCCCACAGAGAGUGUGGUUUUGUGCAAAAUUAUGCUGGGGCAGUUACACUCAGCCCAGUUAUAUCAUACAUUAUUGUUUGAUGUAAGUGUAUACAUGGAUUGUGUAAUGUGUACGACAAUAAUAGAUGUCCCAAAGCCCUUACACUUGUUCCUUUGUUAACUACUGUUAUUUAGCUAUUUCUAUUCAGUGGCUGAAAUGUAUACUUGCACUUGUAUUUGUGAAGUAGCACCGGCUUAUCAGCCCACAACUAUAGACUUUCACAUUAUGAAAUAUGUUGUCUUGACUCAGAAAUGGCUAUAAUACCUUUGUCCUGAUCACUUCCUGUGUAUUGAAAAUACUGGAGUAUGUAUGUGACCCCAAGACCAUUGAACAAUAGUUAAGAAAUUGCCAAAACAUAAAACCUGUAGAACUUUAUUGCAUUUAUUGGUUUAAUGCUAUUACAAUAAAACCAACUGAAAGAAAAACUGAGAAUGUGUUGAUUGUGUGAAAAGCAAUACGUGACUAAGAGAGGACCAUCACAGACAGUUUAAGGACUCAGAUCUCAUCACAUCACCUAAACCAAGACAGGGACAUCACUGAAUGUGGAAAUUCAAAAGCAACACUGAGAAACUAUUUACAUAAUAAAAACACCUUCAACCUAAAGUGUGAAAUAUAAAAGUAUGUUUUUCGAAACAUCUGAGCUAGGUAUAGGUCAAUGUGUUUUUAGUUUUUAUUUCAUGCUUCAACAAUAUAAAUACUGUACAGAGCAGAGGCAUAGAUAAUUAUUUCAUUUCAGUUCCAAAACCAUGGUCCGUAUUUAACUGACUGGCCAGGGUUUUAAGGCAGGUGUUCUGAUUGUCUAGAAUAGGUUAUAAUGGCUAACCCUGCCAAGUCAAUGCCAAAGACAUAUAGGUGGGUGUUACCUUCUAUUGUAGUUCAUUGGGAUGUUUUCUUUGUACACUUUGAAUCAAUUGGAUUUUCCUAGAUCCCCUUCAAGUUCCAUAACAUAUUGCAUGUUGUCCU